AUGUUCAAUGCGAAUGACCCGACAUCGAGCACGCCGUCAGUGAUCUUGCUUCUGACAUUGAAAGCAAAGAAGCUUCUCGACAAGGAUGUGUUCUCGAAAAGCGAUCCGAUGUGCGUUGUGUCGCAGUAUGUCGGGCGACUUACUGGUAGCGGAACGAAACGAAAAAAUCAUGGCGAGAUCACUGUCUGUUGCGAUGAGGUCGACGAUGGCGCAAAAGAAAACGUACGAUUUCAUUUGAGCGCGAAGAAAUUGGACAAGAAGGAUUUUUUCGGGAAGUCCGACCCUUUUCUGAAUAUCUAUCGAAUAAGCGAAGAUGGAACUCGUCAGCUAGCUCAUCGAACGGAGGCAAUCAAAAGGGAGUUGAAUCCGGUUUGGAAUCCGUUUGAGGUGAACGUGAAGAUGCUGCCAAUAUUGAUAGAAUGCUUCGACUACGAUUGGGAUGGCGGCCACGAUUUUAUCGGGAGCUGUCAAGUCACCCUCAACCAGCUGCUAUCGAAUGAGGUGAAAACGCUACCACUGAUAAAUGACAAGAAACGCGCCAAGAAGGGUGAUAAGUACAAGAAUUCUGGAACGUUGGAAUUCAACGGUGUGGAGCUGCUGAAGCAGUACUCGUUUUUGGAUUUCAUAGCUGGAGGAACUCAACUGGAUUUUGCUGUUGCUGUAGACUUUACAGCAUCCAAUGGUGCCGUUCACAAGCCCACAUCACUUCACAGUAUCAGUACUGCUCAACCGAAUCAGUACGAGAUUGCUAUCAGAGCCGUCAUCGACAUUUGUCAACAUUACAACAACAGUAAACAGUUUGACGCGUUCGGCUUUGGAGCAAUUCUGCCACCUCAGACCUGUGUGUCGCCGAUCUUCUCAUUGAAUUUCGACGCAAAUCCGUCAGUGGUGGGUGUGAGAGGUGUGAUGGAAUCGUAUCGGUUCGCGUUGAGCCGCGUGAAGCUCUACGGUCCGACGAAUUUCAAACCGGUGAUCCAAGAGGUAGCAAAAAAAGCUUCAAGGAUAUCAAACAAGACUGAUGGGUCACGAUAUCAGGUGCUGCUGAUUAUCACCGACGGAGCGAUCUCUGACAUGGCUGCUACAAAACAGGCUAUUAUUGCGGCAUCCUCGUUACCGUUGUCAAUCAUCAUAGUUGGCGUCGGGAACGAUGAAUUUGAGAACAUGAACGAGUUGGAUUCGGACACCCAUCUAUUGACGCAUGCCGGGCGAACAGCCCAGAGGGAUAUUGUGCAGUUUGUGCCGUUGCGGAAUUUCCUACGGGAAGGAUGUACGGGAGCUGAAAGCGAGAGGGUGAUGGGAUUACUGGCGAAAGAGGUGUUGGCAGAGGUGCCUCUGCAGCUCACGUCGUAUAUGAAAAUGCGGAAUAUCGUUCCUCGACCGGCUGACGAUCCGUUUCCAAAGGAUCCUGAAGCAGAAUAUCAACCUUUGAUGCCAUCGGAUAUGUCUUAUGUCGCUGACCGUGGUGGUCCCAUGUACCCAUAUCCUGGCCAGCAGCCUGCUCCUCAGUAUCCUGGUCAACCUCCUGCCCCUCAGUAUCCUGGCCAACCACCUUCUGCUCAGUAUCCUGGCCAACCUCCUGCUCCACAGUAUCCUGGCCAACCGCCUACUGCUCAGUAUCCACCAAUAUCUCAGGGCCAUCCCUCUACUCAUACCUCUCAAAUGGGAUAUUCGUCUCCGAUGACACAACAGUACGGAUAUCCGCCAUAUGGUGGCGUCCAACUUCCACCCACAGCACUUCCACCACAACCAUAUCCUUCGCAGCAACCGUACCCACCUCAAGCCUACCACUUCCAGCAACAAUAUCCAGGCUAUGCUCCUGGAGCUGCACCACCGUAUCCCACUCCACCCACCACACCAUGCGAUCUUGCAGCAAUCUGCCGCUCCCAGUGCUCCAACAGCUCCACCCGUUGA